AUCACAAUUCGCUUUCUUUCUGCUUUGUCGUUUAACCCUCUUCCUUUCUCAAUGGGUAAACGCGCUCAACAAUCACCUCAAAACGACGACGUCGUUUCUCUUCUUCCUUCCCAACGGAAAAAGGCUAAACACUCUCGCGUUAACCCUGUCGCUUGUUUCGUCGGAAAGCCCAUUCCCAACGCUGAAGCCCAAUCUAAAUGGCCUCGCCGUUACUCCAAGAAGGGGGAAAAAGGAAGCUCUAACGAUGGAUCGAACGAAAGCGAUUGUUUGCAAGCAAAGUGUCACUACCGUGAAGCUAAUGUUGAUGGUGUUAUCUAUAAGCUUAACGACAAUGCUUAUGUCAAGGCUGAAGAUGGUAAACCUGAUUAUAUUGCAAGGAUUGUUGAAAUGUUUGAAACUCCCGAUAAGGAGCAUUAUUUCACUGCUCAAUGGUUUUAUAGAGCUGAAGAUACAGUUAUUAAGGAUCAUGGUAAUCUUGUUGAUAAGAAGAGAGUGUUUAUAUCCGAUGUUAAAGAUGAAAACCCCCUUGAUUGUAUUGUUUCCAAAGUUAAAAUUGUGCAAAUUGCUCCAAAUGUGGGUACAAAGAAGAAAAUUCCUUCUUGUGAUCUAUAUUACGAUAUGAAGUACACUGUGCCUUAUUUAACCUUUUCAAACAUUGUAAACGAACCAGCCAGAAUAGAAAGUGAUUCAACCUCUACAAUUUCAAGUGAAUCUGGUUCUAAUGGUUGUGUUGCUGAUAGUAAUGUGGCCAAUGGAGGGAAGUGUCAACAUAAUAGUUCUGAUAAGUCAGAGUGGACAUUACUAGAUUUGUAUUCUGGGUGUGGAGCUAUGUCCACUGGCCUUUGCUUUGGGGCUUCCAUAUCUGGCAUGAAACUUGUCACGAGGUGGGCUGUUGACAUAAAUUCACAUGCGUGUGAAAGUUUAAAGUUAAACCACCCAGAAACACAGGUGAGGAAUGAGCCUGCAGAAGACUUUUUAAGUCUACUAAAAGCUUGGGUUAAGCUAUGUGAAGAGUUUUCAUUGAUAGGAUCUGAAAGGUCAGAUUCUGAUCUAGAUGUGGAUGAAGAAGCUGAUGAUGAAGCUAGUGAUGUGAAAAAUGAAGCUACAGAUAAUCCAUCUGAUUCUGAGGAAUUUGAGGUGGAAAAGUUACUUUCUGUUUGUUAUGGUGAUCCCAAUGGAGUGAAAAAAUCAGGACUACAUUUUAAAGUGCGUUGGAGGGGUUAUGAUUCCAGUGAGGAUACAUGGGAACCAAUAGAUGGCUUGAGUGACUGUAAGGAAGCUUUGAAAGAUUUUGUUACAAGAGGAUAUAAGAAAAAGUUAUUGCCUCUUCCAGGUGAUGCUGAUUUUAUUUGUGGAGGACCACCUUGUCAAGGUGUAAGUGGUUUCAACCGAUUCAGGAAUAAAAAUGCUCCAUUGGAGGAUGUAAAGAAUAAGCAGUUAAUUGUUUAUAUGGACAUUAUUGAUUUCUUGAAGCCCAAAUAUGUGCUCAUGGAAAAUGUUGUUGACAUUUUGAAAUUUGCUGGUGGAUUUUUGGGUCGAUAUGCCAUAGGCCGUCUAGUGGCCAUGAAUUACCAAGCUAGAAUGGGCAUGAUGGCUGCAGGAUCUUAUGGCCUUCCCCAAUUUCGGAUGCGUGUUUUUCUUUGGGGAGCUCUUCCUACUCAAAAAUUGCCUGCAUAUCCAUUGCCAACUCAUGAGGUGGUAUCAAGAGGAGUCAUACCCACUGAGUUUGAAGAAAUUACAGUUGCAUAUGCCACUAAUGAAAAGUGUCAGUUGGCCGAUGCCAUAUUUCUUAAGGAUGCAAUAGCAGAUCUCCCUUCGAUUGCAAAUGAUGAGAGCCAGGAUGAAAUGAGCUAUGGAACCACUCCUCGUACUGAUUUUCAAAAAUACAUCAGAUUAAAGAGAAGUGAGAUGGUGAAUUAUAUGGCUACCAGUAAAAGUGCACCCCGUAGAGUUCUGUAUGACCAUCGUCCCUUGCAAUUAAAUAAAGAUGAUUAUGAAAGAGUUUGCCAAAUUCCCAAGAAGAAGGGUGCAAACUUCAGAGACCUGCCUGGAGUUCUUGUGAAAGACAACAAAGUUGAAUGGGACCCUUCAGUUGAAAGAUUGUUACUACAGUCUGGGAAGCCUUUGGUUCCUGAUUAUGCAAUGUCAUUUGUCCGUGGAACCUCCUCAAAGCCUUUUGGUCGUUUGUGGUGGGAUGAAAUUGUGUCAACUGUUGUGACAAGAGCAGAGCCUCACAAUCAGGCCCUUCUCCACCCAGCACAAGAUCGAGUUCUUAGCAUACGUGAAAAUGCAAGGCUUCAAGGAUUUCCUGAUUGCUAUAAACUUUGUGGGCCUAUCAAAGAGAGGUACAUGCAAGUUGGAAAUGCUGUUGCUGUUCCUGUGGCUCUUGCCCUCGGAUACACAUUCGGUUUGGCUUGUCAAGGACUGUCAGAUGACAAGCCUUUGACAACUGUUCCAUUUAAGUACCCUAAAUGUCUUGCCAGUUCAUCUUCAGUUGAUACUGUGAAGGAUGAGAAGGAUGAUUCAAGUUGAGGUUAUCCUCUUACGCUACGAUGCAUGUCUCUUCCAAUGUUAUGUUUAUUUCUUCCAUUCCAUUGUUAUUUGGAAUUCCCAUUUUAAGCUAAGUGUACACUUCCGGCUGAAGAAUUGUACGAGUGAAUGUUUGUACAAUUAGUAACGUUAUUCAUAAUGAUUUAAGAUUUCACUUCGGUGAUGAUUUUGUAAUUUGUAUCAGAAAACACACUAAGUGAAAUAUUCAUGAUUUAAAAUGGAAUUAAGUUGAUGCCACUUUCAUUUAAUCAAA